AUGACAUCCACAAUUACGUUUCAAUACCAACUCUUGCCGGCAAGAUCAAUUCGAAUAAUUAAACUGUUACCGGCGCAUCGGUCUGAAGAUCCAUUAAGAUGUACCAUUGAGGCCGUCUGCCUUGACCACGCAAAAGCGCGACCGUAUGAGGCCCUCUCAUACGUAUGGGGCGAACCGGCUCGGCAAUGGCCUCUAGACUGCGGGGGCGCAAAGCUCCUAGUUACUAAGAACUGCCACGAAGCGAUGGUAAAUUUGCGGCAUAGGUUCAUGUCGAGGGUGCUGUGGAUUGAUGCCAUUUGCAUCAACCAAGGAACUGAUGACGAGGCGAUCAAGGAGCGAAAUGGCCAAGUGAAGAUGAUAGGAGAAGUAUACCUCAGAGCGAAAUUGGUCUUGAUCUGGCUUGGACCGGGAGACGCGUCAACCGCGGUCCUCUUUCGUUACCUCCCGAUUUUUAACCUCUUGGAUAGGAUCCAGGAUGAGUACCCGAUGCUUGAAGAUGCUUUGUAUACGUUAAUUGCUCAACACUUUGACAUCAGUUACGGGUUUCUGGUUAAACACAAGCGUUCUCGAUUGCUAGAGUCAAUGGCCGCUAUCCUCAAAAACCCGUGGUUUGAAAGGGUCUGGACGAUACAAGAAGCUGCGUUUGGACGAAAGUGCGUUAUCAUAUGUGGCAAGUCUAGUGUAGAUUGGGAGUCAUUCUGCGGGGCCUACCUGGCUGAACCCAAACUACGAGGAUCGAGCCGCUCAUCUAGGGACCUAGUACUCCCUCGCUGGAGGUUGUACUUAUCGCUGCGCGGCUCGAGUCUCGAAGCUAUCCCGCAGACCCGCUUUGAAGGAGAUGGUCAAGUAAGAUUCGAACUUGGGCUCUUGUCCGAGAUUCGGAAUAUGAAAGCAACCAUCGCGCACGACAAAGUGUAUUCUCUAUAUUCGGUAUUCCAGGCCAUGGGAAUCAACUUGCCGAGCCCUGACUACGGGAAGGAUGUAGUAAAGGUUUUUGAAGAAGCAACGCUGGCUUAUAUCAGAAGCCGUCAAAAUCUCAAUGUUAUCGCAAUUACACUGCCUCCAGAUCCAAGCUCCGGAUCUCCUUCUUGGGUCCCCGAUUGGUUGACCCCGGGACGCAACGGCUCGGCGUUGAUUUGGAAAAUAACAGACUUUGAUGCACAGUAUCAUUCUACCACCCCUAUACUCACUGAUAACACCCGAGAUGGCAAGUUAGGCGUAAUGGGGAAGGCUAUUGGGAAAAUCAAUAAGAGGAUUCGUUGUCCCCUUGUUUUAGACCAGGCACUCAGUCGAAGCCAAGCAUAUCAAGAGGUUAUUUCGGCUUGCCUCGACUGGCGCCAUUCAGUCAGUAGUCUUACUAGAUAUUUACCGGGAAAAGAUCCGAAGAUCAUCGGACAGGCGCUACUUCGCCCUUAUCACGCCAACGUACCCAACAGCAAACUAGGUGUUUUAUACCGCUGGGCUUCGCAUGGAGGUGACACAUCGCCUCCAGAUGAUGGUAAGUGUUAA